AUGAACUUCCGCUUUACUCACGCCGGGAAUAACAACAGUGACUUGUGAAAGCGUUUCAUGGUUAUUUAUUGAAAACUGACGAGAUGAAGAUGAAUAUCACUUCAGCAGGUGGAGUCCUGUCUCUGCUUGAUGAACAGGAACCACAGCUCAAGGUGUUUGCUUUGGAUAAACUAAACAAGAUUGUUGACGUCUUCUGGGCUGAGAUAUCUGAAUCUGUUGACAAAAUAGAGGUUCUCUAUGAAGAUGCAAGCUUCAAGAAUCGAGAAAUGGCUGCUCUUGUGGCAUCAAAGGUUUAUUACCAUCUUGGAGCGUUUGAAGAAUCCUUGACCUAUGCCUUGGGUGCAGGGGAUCUGUUCAAUGUUAAUGACACAUCAGAAUUUGUGGAAACAACAAUUGCCAAGUGCAUCGAUCAUUACACCAAGCAGUGUGUCGAGAAUGCUGAAUGUGCGGAAGAGGACAAGAAGCCCAUUGACCCAAGGCUGGAGGCUGUCGUCAACAGGAUGUUCCAGAGAUGCUUUGAUGAUAAGCAGUUUAAACAGGCCCUUGGCAUUUCUUUGGAGACAAGAAGAAUUGAUAUAUUUGAACAGUCAAUUUUGAAGUCUGAUGAUAUCCCAUUCAUGCUGUCAUAUGCAUUCAAAGUGUGCAUGGCCCUCAUCCAGAACAGACAGUUCCGCUGCACCAUCCUGAAGGUCCUCACAAAGCUGUAUAUGAGCUUGGAGACGGCUGACUACAUCAAUGUUUGUCAGUGCUACAUCUUCCUGGACGAUCCACAGUCGGUAGCAGACAUUUUGGAGAAACUUAUCAGAGGAGACGAGGACUCAGUGUUGAUGUCGUAUCAGAUAGCGUUUGACUUGUAUGAGAGUGCGACCCAGCAGUUCCUCCAGCAGAUCCAGUCUGCACUUCGCGCUGCCGCCCCCAUCCCCAUCGUCACUCCUGAUGCCAAGAAGAAGGAGGAGACAAGCAAGGAAACCAAGGAGGAGCCAAAAGAAGGAGAUUCAAUGGAGACUGAUGAAGCAGCAGCAAAGACAGCUCCAUCGGUUCCUGAUGUCAGCAGCUUGAGUGAGAGUGACAAGCUGCUGCAGGAUAAGCUGACAAAGAUCCACACCAUCCUGGGAGGAGAAACCACCAUCUACCUCCACCUCCAGUUCCUCAUCAAGAACAACAAGUCUGACCUCCUCAUACUCAAAAACACCAAGGAUGCAGUGAGAAACUCUGUGUGUCAUUCUGCAACUGUGAUUGCAAACUCCUUCAUGCACUGCGGCACAACAUCAGAUCAGUUUCUCAGAGAUAACCUUGACUGGCUUUCUCGAGCCACCAACUGGGCCAAAUUUACAGCAACAGCCAGUUUAGGUGUCAUUCACAAGGGACAUGAAAAGGAAGCUCUACAACUGAUGUCCUCCUAUUUACCCAAGGACACCAGUCCCGGCUCGUCCUACUCAGAGGGGGGAGGGCUGUUUGCUUUAGGCCUUAUACAUGCCAACCAUGGAGGGGAAAUAACAGACUACCUUCUCAACCAGUUGAAAGAAGCUUCUACAGAUAUGGUCCGUCAUGGAGGGUGUUUAGGUGUGGGUCUUGCAGCCAUGGGAACAGCCAGACAAGACAUAUAUGAACAGCUGAAAUUCAAUUUGUACCAGGAUGAUGCUGUCACAGGAGAAGCAGCUGGCUUGGCUAUGGGUCUGGUGAUGUUGGGAACAAAGUCGGCCACAGCCAUCGAGGACAUGGUCGCUUAUGCCCAGGAAACUCAGCAUGAAAAGAUCCUGCGAGGUCUGGCUGUAGGAAUCUCCCUGACCAUGUAUGGGCGUCUGGAGGAGGCCGACGCCCUGAUCGAGAGUCUCACGCGGGACAAGGACCCCAUCCUGCGCUGGUCAGGGAUGAACACUAUUGCCAUGGCAUACUGUGGAUCGGGAAACAACCAGGCCAUCAGAAAACUUCUUCACGUGGCUGUGAGUGAUGUCAACGAUGACGUCAGGAGAGUUGCUGUGACGGCCCUUGGAUUCCUGCUGUUCAGAACCCCCGAGCAGUGUCCUAGUGUGGUGUCCCUGCUGUCUGAGAGCUACAACCCUCAUGUCCGAUUCGGCGCUGCCAUGGCUCUUGGCAUUGCUUGUGCUGGCACUGGACUGAAGGUAGGCCACACUCGGAGUUUCUUACACAACAAAACACCUAGACCAACAUCUCGUCUCUGAAAUGAACAUAUCGUA